AUGACUGCCAUUCAGUUUUUCUUUUCUUUCUUUCUUUUCUUUCUUUCUUUCUUUUCUUUCUUUCUUUCUUUCUUUUUUCUUUUUCUUUCUUUCUUUCUUUCUGUUGCUGUAACGACCAUGACUGCCAUUCAGUUCUUUUCUUUCUUUCUUUUUUUUCUUUUCUUUUCUUUUUUCUGUUGUUGUAACGACCAUGACUGCCAUUCAGUUCUUUUUCUUUUCUUUCUUUCUUUCUUUUUUCUUUCUUUCUUUCUUUCUGUUGCUGUAACGACCAUGACUGACAUUGAGUUCAUUCUUUCUUUCUUUCUUUCUUUCUUUCUGUUGCUUUCUGCUUUUUUUUCUUUCUUUCUUUUCUUUCUUUCUUUCUGUUUUCGGCUUUUCUUUUCUUUCUUUCUUUUCUUUCUUUCUUUUGUUGCUGUAACGACCAUGACUGCCAUUCAGUUCUUUCUUUCUUUCUUUCUUUCUUUCUUUCUUUCUUUCUUUCUUUCUUUCUGUUGUUGUAACGACCAUGACUAUGCCAUUCAGUUCUUUCUUUCUUUCUUUCUUUCUUUCUUUCUUUCUUUCUUUCUUUCUGUUGCUGUAACGACCAUGACUGCCAUUCAGUUCUUUCUUUUUUCUUUUUUUUCUUUCUGUUGCUUUCUUUUCUGCCAUUUCUUUCUUUCUUUCUUUCUUUCUUUCUUUCUUUCUUUCUGUUGCGGUAACGACCAUGACUGCAUUAUUCAUUCUUUCUUUCUUUCUUUCUUUUCUUUCUUUCUGUUAACGCGGCUGCCAUUUUCUUUCUUUCUUUUUCUUUUUCUUUCUUUCUUUCUUUCUUUUUUUUCUUUUUUCUGUUGCUGUAACGACCAUGACUGCCAUUCAGUUCUUUCUUUCUUUCUUUCUGUUUCUUUUCUUUCUUUCUUUCUGUUGAUGACUGCCAUUCAGUUCUUUCUUUCUUUCUUUUUUCUUUUUUCUUUCUGUUGCUGUAACGACCAUGACUGUCAUUCCGUUCUUUCUUUCUUUUCUUUCUUUCUUUCUUUCUUUCUUUCUUUCUUUCUUUCUGUUGUUGUAACGACCAUGACUGCCAUUCAGUUCUUUUUUUUUCUUUCUUUCUUUCUUUCUUUCUUUCUUUCUGUCUGUUGCUUUCUUUCUUUUUUUUUUUUUUCUUUCUUUCUUUCUAACUUUCUUUUCUUUCUUUUUCUUUCUUUCCUUUUUUUUCUUUCUUUUUUUUCUGUUGCUGUAACGACCAUGACUGCCAUUCAGUUUCUUUCUUUCUUUCUUUCUUUCUUUCUUUCUUUCUUUUCUGUUGCUGUAACGACCAUGACUGCCAUUCAGUUCUUUUUUUUUUUUCUUUCUUUCUUUUCUUUCUUUCUUUCUUUUCUUUUUUUCUGUUGCUGUAACGACCAUGACUGCCAUUCUGUUCUUUCUUUUUUCUUUCUUUUCUUUCUUUCUUUUUCUUUUUCUUUUUUUUCUGUUGCUUUUUUCUUUCUUUCUUUCUUUUUUUUCUUUCUUUUUUUUGUUGCUGUAACGACCAUGACUGCUAUUCAGUUCUUUUUCUUCUUUUCUUUCUUUUCUUUUUUCUUUUUUUUUUUCUGUUGCUGUAACGACCAUGACUGCCAUUCAGUUCUUUCUUUCUUUCUUUCUUUCUUUCUUUCUUUCUUUCUUUUUUUUUUUUCUUUUUUUUCUUUCUUUCUUUCUUUUCUUUCUUUCUUUCUUUUUCUUUUUCCUUUUUUCUGUUGCUGUAACGACCAUGACUGCUAUUCAGUUCUUUCUUUCUUUCUUUCUUUCUUUCUUUUUUUCUGUUGCUGUAACGACCAUGACUGCCAUUCAGUGAUUUCUUUCUUUCUUUCUUUCUUUCUUUUCUUUCUUUCUUUUCUUUCUGUUGCUGUAAUCACCAUGACUGCCAUUCAUUCUUUCUUUUCUUUCUUCUUUUCUUUCUUUCUUUCUUUCUUUUCUUUCUUUCUUUCUUUCUUUUUCUUUUUUCUUAACAUCUGCCUUUCUUUCUUGGUAUUUUUUAAAAUUUCUUUCUUUUUGUUUAUCAUUUUUUUGUCUAUACGCCUUCGCUUACGGCUUACAGACUCACAAUCUAUCUAUCUAUUUAUCUAUCUAUCAAAAGUCAAAUUCAUAGAAUUUUUUCUUUACUUUUGCAUUUACCAAUUAAUUUUUCUUUCUUUCUUUCUUUCUUUCUUUCUCUCUCUCUCUCUCUCUCUCUCUCUCUCUCUCUUUCUGUAUUUCUUUCCAACUACCAUUCUCUCUCCCAAAAAGUGUAACAAAUACAUGCAUAGCAUCGUUACCUUAGGGGCAGACCCAGGUCUCCCUCAUGCAGAGUCGGUACAGUAG